UCAGGGUAGAUCGUUCACAUGUUACAGCCAAUUGUCCCAAGUCUGUGCCGCAAAUUGCUUCAUGUUUUGCACCCAUCAAAAGCAGGAUGCAGGCACUUUUCAUCCACAUUCACUCGUGUUUUGGGCAGUGGUGCUGCUCCUCGGGACGUGUUCGAACUGCUGGCUCUCGCACAGGUCUGGCGCGUGCAGCUGAACGUCAUCCAUCUGGGUGCAGUGAUUGCGGCUUGCGGUGCCGGGCCGCGAUGGCAUCAAGCUUUGCACUUCAAGGACAGCCUUGUGACGUUGGCAUUGCGCCCCGAUACGGUGCUAUACGGCAGCCUGUUGCACGCCUGCCGCGAGUCUUGGGAGAUAGCAGUGAUGUUGUUGGAGGAGAUGUGCCACGAGCGGAUCAACAGAGAUUUGAUUUGUUUCAAUGCAGCCUUGAGCGCCUUGGCAACUGCUGGACGCUGGCAAGAAGCUCUAAGACUCAUGCGGCGAAUGGAACGCCCUGACGUGGUGAGUUUUACUGCAGCCAUCUCUGCCUGUGGCGCAGCCGCCCAAUGGCGACGUGCCGUAGAUCUUCUCUCGGUUUCCCUUCAUACCUUGACUGAGACCAUUGACACGAGAUGUUUCAACAGCUGCCUGGCUGCUUGCGAAAAUGCCAGCGUGUGGGUCAUGGCACUGGCUUUGUUGGAUCACAUGUCGGGCAGUGACCGUAGUGACCGUAUUGAGCCCAGCGUGGUGAGCUUCAACUCUGCCACGAGUUCCGCCAUGUCCGCCUCGGUGUGGCAGAUGGCACUGUUGCUGUGGCUUCAGAUGCCUAAGCAGAUGAUUCAACCAGAUAUUGUCUCCUUGGGCAUCGCAGUGUCUGCAUGCGAGAAGGGAGCUCAAUGGCAGCUUGCACUGCAUUUCCUACAAAAAAUAGGAUCAUGCAGCGCGCGAGGGACAUUGAGCUGCGAUUUCCGCAGGAAAAUUGGGAGCCAACCAAGAAGGGAGAUGUUUACAUUUUGCCUGCUGAAUGCGGUUUGUCCGAAACGUCAUGCACAUUUCGCUGACUACUGA